AUGUAUGUCAUUGUGAAGAGCCGUGGAAACUUCGUCGCAGCCAGGUGGCGAAGAAUGAGCGUCUUAUCUUUGGUCAUGGCCAUUCAUACCCUCAUUUCGAAAAAAUCUGUGGCCACGCUAUUGUUUGCCCUUCAUUGCUUCAUCGACGAUGCCAUUGUCGAUCACGCCUCAGAUCAGUGGCUAGAGCAUAGUGUACCGAAGGCAGAGCAUCCAACUAUCGUGCGUGGAACAACAAGGCUACCUUCUACUCGACCGCCUCAUCCAGAGCAUCCUGUAUGGUCUCUACAUCUCAUGACACAGGUAUUUGAAGAGAGUGGUGCUCCCGGACCUAGUAAAUUCGAAGAAGGUCGAAAGCUCUGCACCAAGCGAACACUCUCGCAAGCAGAAAUUGACUACUGGCUUUAUACCGUGCGCAAAGCUGCGCGGAAGGAAUGA